UCAUGGAGCAGUUCAACCCCAGCCUCAGGAAUUUCAUUUCUAUGGGGAAGACCUAUGAAAAAGCCUUAGCAAGCAUGACAUACGCAGCAAAAGGGUACUUUGAUGCUCUGGUGAAGAUGGGAGAGUUGGCCAGUGAAAGCCAAGGAUCGAAAGAAUUGGGGGAUGUGCUCUUCCAGAUGGCAGAGGUGCACAGGCAGAUCCAGAACCAGCUGGAGGAGAUGCUCAAGUCCUUCCACAACGAGCUCCUGACGCAGCUGGAGCAGAAGGUGGAGCUGGACUCCCGGUACCUGAGUGCUGCGCUGAAGAAAUACCAGACGGAGCAGAGGAGCAAGGGGGACUCCCUGGACAAGUGCCAGGCAGAGCUGAAGAAGCUUCGCAAGAAGAGCCAGGGCAGCAAGAACCCCCAGAAAUACUCGGACAAGGAGCUGCAGUACAUCGAAGCCAUCAGCAACAAGCAAGGGGAGCUGGAGAACUACGUGUCUGAUGGGUACAAGACAGCCCUGACGGAAGAGAGGAGACGGUUCUGCUUCCUGGUGGAGAAGCAGUGCGCGGUGGCCAAGAGCGCCAUCACCUACCACGCCAAGGGGAAGGAGAUGCUGACGCAGAAGCUGCCGCUGUGGCAGCAGUCCUGCUCGGAUCCCAACAAGAUCCCGGAGCGCGCCAUACAGCUGAUGCAGCAGAUGGCUGCCAGCAGCAAUGGCACCAUAAUGCCCAGCCCUCUGUCCACAUCCAAGUCCAACCUCAUCAUCUCUGACCCCAUCCCUGGUGCCAAACCUCUCCCUGUCCCCCCGGAGCUGGCACCUUUUGUAGGACGCAUGUCAGCACAGGAGGCCAUGCCAGUGAUGAACGGAGUCUCAGGCUCCGACAGCGACGCCUACAACCACUGGUCUGAGAUGAAGCCAGCACAGCCCAAAUCUUUAUCUCCUCCCCAGCCUCAGAAGCAGCUGAGUGACUCUUACUCCAAUACACUCCCAGUUCGCAAAAACGUGGCACCGAAAAACAGCUACGCCUCAGCUGAAAACAAGACACUGCCACGCUCCAGCUCCAUGGCUGCCGGGCUCGAGAGGAACGGCCGGACGAGGGUGCAGGCGAUUUUCUCGCACGCUGCCGGGGAUAACAGCACCCUCCUGAGCUUCAAGGAGGGAGACCUCAUCACUCUGCUGGUGCCCGAGGCCAGGGACGGCUGGCACUACGGGGAGAGCGAGAAAACCAAAAUGAGGGGCUGGUUUCCUUUCUCCUACACACGGGUCCUUGACAACGACGGCAGCGAGCGGGUCCACACCAGCCUGCAGCAAGGGAAGAGCAGCAGCACUGGCAACCUCCUGGACAAGGAUGACAUCUCCAUCCCGCCCCCAGACUAUGGCAUGGCCUCCCAGGCCUUCCCUGCGCAGGGCACCAACACCUUCAAGCAGCGGCCCUACAGCGUGGCCGUGCCUGCCUUCUCCCAGGACUACCUAAUGCCCUAUGGGUGUGCAAUUAAAGACUAUUCCAGUGGCCUCUGCCAGGCACCCUCCGCUCACUACAAGCCUUACACUAGGUCGACAGCUGUAAGUCCGACGCUUGCAAUGUUUCCCUUGGGAUUUAUGGAAAUUCGGCUGUUUUGUGCCUGGUGGUCCGCGUGCCCUGCCUGCCCCUGCUCCUGCUGAGCGCCUCUCCUGGCGUGAAGGGAUGCAGGGAGCCCACGGGCGGGGAGGAACGGGCAAGGCACGGGGGGCAGUGGCACAAAAUGGCCCCGUAAACCCCCAAAGGACAACACUUGCUGACUCCAUGGGAGUCUCCCACCAGAAACAGGCUGCCCACAGGAAGUGUUUUCUCUGGCACGUGCCAAUUCAAGCUGGUGGCAGUCCCGUGGGGACACUGGGGCAGAUCCUGGACAGGAUUCCAGAGUGUCCAAAGCAAGCCCAGGGCUUCUUGGAUCACAGGCCAGGGAGGAUGCACGAGCAGGUGGGAUCAGCCUGACCCAGGAGCUGCUGGGGCAGUGGAGCUCUCCCACCAGGGCAAGCACAGUGGGAUGAGCCACGCUGGCAUCACGUGCUGGCAGAGGGGAUGAGGAGGGAGAGAGAAGGGCAGUCAGCACAGACCUUCAGCAGGGCACCUCAGCUGUGAUCUGAUCCUCUCUGCAGGGACUGGGGAGGAAGCACAGCCCCUCUCCUUGCUGUUUUGCUGGGGUGUUCCAGCAGGAUUUGCUGCUGGGGUUGGUAUUUCAUGACUGGGAGCAUUCCUGGGAAGGUGGGAAUUGGGUCUCUGGUGGCUGUGGGUCUCCAGCUCAAAGGCCAGAGACUCCCCCUCUUUCCUGGAGUGUCCCACGUUUGCCAUGGAGAGCAGAGCUGUUCCAGUCAUAUCCCAGGGCAGAUCCUUGCUCAAAGAGGGAUGUCCUUGAGGGAGGUUCUCCAGGCCUGGUCCCCGUCUGCAUGCCCUCCCUGCAGAGCCUGCUCAGCACUGGCUAAAGGAGAAAAUGGUCCAAAACCCUGUGGGUUUCUGGUGGGAGCGAAUACAGGCAACCCCUCUUUCCACGGAACAUUUCACUGGUGUCUCUCAGUCGUGCAGCCCCUUUCCAACAGCCUCGGCAUCUCAGCAGCAGCCAGAGCUCCGUUCCUCAGAGGGGCUGGGCAGAGCAGAGCUGCUCUCCCUGCAGUUGCUUUUCCAUGUCUGGCCAGAUAAAUUCUACAGAGAGUGGUGCAACUUCACUCCCUGCUGCGUGAAUCCCACUCCAACCAUCUCCAUAUCUCCUUUCCCCUCCAAAUGCAUCAGCUCUUGGCCCUGGCUCCUGAUGCACUUUGGUUUGUUCGCGUGACCCUCUGGUGGCACCUGAGCAGGCACAGCCCACCGUCCCUCACUGUGCUUCCUCCCCUCCUC